CAUGAAAGCAGAGAAGUUCAGAAACAAAACUCGAGGCCGACAAACGGUUUGAGGUGCCAUUACGUAUCCCGCCCGCUAGGCGCCGGAAUAGGCUUCGUUUGAUGCACGGACGAAGUGUGAUUACUACGGCGGGCAAGUUGUUGUGCGGUUGUCGACCGAAAAACUUUGCGCGCAUCACCGCCGCCGUAUCAUGUCUCCGGUACCAGCGUGAACAGUUCAACGACGCCUGCAUCAGCGGAGAUCCGACGCGGUAAAACUUGUUUGCUCCGCCGUGUGCCGACUACCUCUCCUGGUCUUGAGGGCACGAUUCUGCCUAGGUCUCGGGACCGAUCUGUGAGAAGCCAUGCAGAAGGUUGGCGGCAGUGUGUCGUCGGGGCGGCCCAUCAAGUGUGUGGUGGUGGGUGAUGGCACGGUGGGCAAGACGUGCAUGCUGAUCUCGUACACGACGGACUCGUUUCCGGGCGAGUAUGUGCCCACUGUGUUCGACAACUAUUCGGCAGCCAUGAUGUGCGACGGAGUGCCCGUCAGCCUGGGCCUCUGGGACACUGCCGGCCAGGAGGAUUACGACCGCCUCAGGCCACUCUCGUACCCACAGACAGACGUGUUCCUCAUAUGCUUCAGUGUGGUCAGCCCAUCUUCAUUUGAGAAUGUCACCUCCAAAUGGUUCCCUGAGAUCAAGCACCACUGCCCUGAUGCACCUAUUAUUCUUGUUGGGACCAAGAUGGACCUCCGCGAAGACAAGGAGACUUUGCAGCAACUGUCAGAGCAAGGCCUGUCCCCAAUCAAAAGGGAGCAGGGCCAGAAGCUGUGCUCCAAGAUUCGUGCCAUCAAGUACCUCGAGUGCUCAGCCCUUACGCAAAGAGGCCUCCGACAGGUGUUUGACGAGGCAGUGCGGGCAGUUCUCCGGCCAGAGCCUCUGAAGCGGAGGCAGCGGCGGUGCAAGAUUGUCUAGGGCUCUUCUUCCCACCUAGUUUUUGUCCGAAGGGUGGUCGUCCAGCGUCGUCUCUCAACCCCUGUGUGAAGCUUGUCCCUACGCCUAGACCCUCACCGAGGACACAUAGGUGCAAACGCAUCAACAUAAGAAUAGAGUGUCGACUAACUGGGCAGCACUUAUUUGUGUCGUGCCAGGUGCAACCAAUACAGCACUGCUGCACCUGUUCUGUCUGUGUUUUUUUGUUUUUGUCACUUUUGCUCUGUGCUGCCACUUUCUUGGGCAAAACUACUGAAAUUUUGUUCAGACAACUUUAAAAGAUGAUGUUGCACAUACCACUGCUUUGAUAUUUCUCAAAUUUGGCAACAAGAUUGCUCUUCUUAGUUGCCAUUGUUUAACAAAGCAUUUAUCAUCACUGAACAAGAAAGUAGGGCUGGUUUAUCUAUGUUCUUGUGAUAUUUUUUUUAGCACAAAAUGCUUUUUAACAAAAACGUUCUGGGUGUGUUAUGUCUAUUUUUUUUAAAUUAAAACGAUACAAUGAAAUGAAGGCAUGUCACUGCAGAAGCAUGAUAGUAUUUAUUUUUUCUGGAUGAAUCAGGUUAAUGGUGAUCCUUGAGUGCCUUACGGAAUGGCAGUAAAAUGCGCUCUUAUUGAAAAUUUCAGCGAUAACGAAGCAGCAUUAAGCACACAGUCUUCUUUUAAAGGUACCGAUAGCUGUAUCCACACAAGCAGAUGCAUAACAGAAGUUUGGCUGGAGUUGAUGAAGAGCUGCAGCCCACAAAAUGUCUGUUGGGCAUUACGUAAGCGUAUAUCUUCUGCUUUGUUUCUUCAUCAACACACAAAAUGAAAUUAUUCCUGGCAUGCCAUCUACUGUUUGUGCAUUCCUGUAUUUGUUAGCACUUCAACACAUGAGGAUGCACCUCCACAUUUGUCAGACGUUGUGGGGAACACUGGCAUUGGUGCAAGAACAAAAGAGGAUCUUUGGCGAGUGUGUUCUUCGUGUGUGCCCUUUGUACAAGUUGAAACAGCGUGGAAAGCUCCAGUGCGCUAUAAUUACUGCUUUGCCAUGCACAACAGUUCCUGCUUAUUUUUGUCUCCAGCACAUUGUCGCCAGGAAAGUUUCCCUGAUGGCAGUAAAAUGUCAUGUGUGACAUGAUUAUAGUAAUUAUGGUUAGCCGAUAAACUGCAAAUUGCCAUGGUUCAUUAAAGAACUGCAAGUUUAAAAGGAUGCUAAUUAACAGCAAGCUGCACUAGCAUAAUAAAUAUGUGCAAUUUUUUAACGUAAAAAUAAACCUGCAGGCACAUGCCUCGCCAAGCACGGCUCGGUUCAGAGUGCAGUAGCAGAGACGACACUGUAUCCCAGAAUAGUGGAAAGAAGCAAUCGGCGAGCAGCUGAGAAAUGUGUGCCAUGCUAGGCAUGAACAUCCUUUGUUGCUAAUUUUGCAUGCAGCAUGUGCUGCCCUGUCACCCUUGGUGUUGGUGCUUCAAAACAGCACUGCUACAAUUGCCACAAAGGUGCUACACAUUGAUUGGUGUUCCACCGAGGCCUGCGACUGAGCUCUAGCCUUAUAUUAGUUAUGCCUGUGGUGCACAAUGGCUCAAGCAGUUUCACAGCAUUAGUUUGGCACUCACUUGACAGAGCAGUGAAGGGGCCUUGACACUGUCAUGACAGUUUAGAAAGCAGUUCAUAAAAUGAGUGGCAGCUAUUAUUGCAUCACAGGCCGGAAAGCGCUGGAGGCAAAGUGCACUCAAAUUUCAAUACAACCGAUCGCAAGGGACAUCUAAAAUUCAUUUAUAUUGAACAAUUGUUGUACUGAAAAAAUCAAAUUUUAUUUCACAAAUUACAAGUGCUACGAAAGGAGUUCCCUAUCUUCACUAGGAGCAUGUCCACAAAUGUGUUAAUGUCCAACAAGCGCAAAAAAAAUGGCACGAAAACAAUGUAAAUGUAUUCCAUAAUGAAUGCACACUUAUUUGGAGGUCUGUGAUCAUUGUCUGGUGGAGGCUUCACGUUGUCUGCAUUCUUGUGCACUGCCGUGGCAUUGUUGCCAAGAAAGGUACGCAUCAUUGUCGUGCGCUUUAAAACAUUGGCAUUCGACGCCAGUUGUUUGCUUGUGAUCGUGGGUGCUAUCUUGGUGUCUUCUUUGCUCUCAGCGUCCUCUUUUCCUUAAUUGCGAACGGUGUUGACGAUCUCGUUGGUCAUCAGUGCAACUGGUGUGCAUGCUUUGUCUUUGCGCUGCUCGUAAUCUUCAAAUGCUACCAAAGCAUCCGCGAAGAGUCGUUCUUCGACUUCAUCUCACAUACCACACGCAUCACAUUCCUUACUAUUUCAGGUGGCGUCAUAAGCUGUCCCACUUUCCUCUAGCAGCAGUUCUGAAUGGUGGUUGCUGUCACGCUCCAUUAGUAAGCAUUUCCACAACCGGUCAUGCAUUGAUAUUGAGAUUGACAACUUCAUUCGAAGGUUAUUCGAGCUGUCGCUGAAAGAGAUGCCUCUUUAUGACGCCUCUUGGAACGAGGGAGGCCAGAAUUCCAGCCACCACAUUUGUUAACAGAGUGUUAACGAGGUGCACCGAGUAGUUUUCAGCAAUAAUGAGGGUUUUCCUGCCGAUUCGUCUGAUCUGACUGUUGGCCUUGAUUGAGACAGAGGAAUUGAGACACUAAAAAUGCCCAUAAGCCCGCCACCCCUCGAACUGCAAAGAUGUUCCUUUCCCUUUGAGAAUCAAGGCAUUGGUAAUAAUAACGUGCAGGUUGAUUGUAUGCCACACACGACAUUUCUUUGCUGUGGGCACAUUUUGUACAGUAGCCCUUGAAGCCAAGCAUGUCCUCACAGUGUGCACUACUUACCGUACACUGUACCAUGUUUACCUUGUUGUCAUUUUUGGUGCAUGACUAAACUAUUGCCACGAUUCUUUGAACAGACAGCACAGGUCAAGUGCAGUGAGCAAGAGUGACCCACAGUCAAGCCUUGUUGCAGCAUAGUAAGAGAAAGCAUUGCUUGAAUGUCUUCCAGCGAGAAGAGUAGUGCUCCCAAAGCCAUUAGGCACGCUGAAACAGUUAGCAUCUGGGUCAUGAUAGGGAUGGAGAUAGGAUUUUCUUAAUUGCUGUAUUUUUUAAAUUUAUUCCUAUCCUAUCCCUAUCAUUAAUUAAUGGUAGGGAUAGGUAUUUCUGAAUGGAUUGGUGGUUUGCGAAUUUCACAUUAAAUUGAUCGCCUUCCAUGCAUGGUUUUUCAAGUAACAUUUUUUUUUUUUGGUGAAAAAAUCCGUAAAUAGUGGGCGAGUGCUCGAGCUGACAUUUCGAUGAGUGGACUUGUCUUCUUCAAGGCUG